GGUGGCACUGCAUUUAAUCUUAUCUUCAUCGCCUCAUGUUUACAGUCCCCUGCCUUUCAAAAAGGAAGUGACAAGGAAGUAGAAUAUAAAGAUGAUAGAUAUUGUAGUGCUUGGCAGGCUAUGGGCGUGUAUGGAAAUUGGACAUCGUAAUGGCAUUCUCUUCUAGGAAAUAUUAAUAUAACUCUGGAAGUUCCAUCAUACAUCUUCGACAGUAUUUAUAUGAGGAGAUGCAACCCUUAUGGACUCAGACUACAAAGGAACCAAAACAAAGACAGGUCAAAAGCCAGACUUGGCACAUCUCAAAUCAUCAUGAAGACUACCUGCUUGGCUCUUGGGUUAUUGCUGCUGACAGUAUCCCAGUCCUAUGCUAUCCCUCUUGGACUGGAGUCAUCACCUGACAGUUGCUGUUUCAGCUUCUCCAUAAUGAGAGUGCCCCCCAAGAAGAUCGACUCCAUCCAGAAGAAUCACAGUGGAUGCCCCCGACCAGCAUUUGUGGUCAAAACUGUUGAGGGCAGAGUGAUUUGCUUCCAGUCAAGUGUGCCGUGGGUACAGAAAGCCUUCAACCGGGUCAAGCAGCCAGCAGCUGUGGCCACAAGUAGCGGCAUUGAGGGUUCCAGUCAUCCUUGAUAGCCUCCUCAUCAUGACUCAAACCUCACAAGACUAUUCCGUCAUCAACAUGCAAGCAAUGCAUUCUAAGUGACAUGUUUAUCACUUAGAAUGCAGCAAUUACUAUUUUGCAACAUAUGGAAUUGGGAAAGGAGUGUUAGGAUAUACACACAUGUUUCUGUGUAUGUAAAUACUUUAUGUGAGAAUCCACUGCUUAAAUAAAACGAGAACAUUUGACUU